AAGGUUAUGUUAGAUGUCAAUUCGUCAAUUGAAACUUUAUAAACGAAAGUAAUCGAAAUCUUUUAAAGAGGUAUUUGAAAUAUAAAACUAUAUAUAAUGGGUAAAAAGAAUAAGGGAACAAAUCUGGGUCGAUCUUUGAUAAAAGAUCGUUUCGCACCUGCGAAAAGAAGAGAUGUUGACUCAUUUUUGCACACUGCGGAUAUAAAUGACGGAUACGAUUGGGGCCGGCUAAAUCUUCAAUCAGUAACCGAAGAAAGUUCAUUUCAAGAGUUUCUCUCAACAGCCGAGCUUGCGGGAACCGAAUUUCAAGCUGAGAAACUAAACAUUAAAUUUGUAAAUCCAAAAAGUGGGAUUGGACUUCUCUCCAAGGAGGAGAAAACAAAGGUCUUGGAGUCACACAAGAAGAAUCGAACUUUAUUGAAAAUUCCAAGAAGACCAAAGUGGGAUAAAUCGACAACAGCUCAGGAAUUACAAGAGAAGGAGAAAGAAGAAUUUCUCGAAUGGAGACGUGGUUUGGUUAGUCUACAGGAAAACGAAGAAUUAAUACUCACACCGUAUGAGAAAAAUCUUGAAUUCUGGAGACAACUUUGGCGCGUUAUCGAGAGAAGUGAUGUUGUCGUUCAAAUAGUCGAUGCCCGGAAUCCUCUUCUCUUUCGAUGUGAAGAUCUUGAGAAAUAUGUGCACGAAGUUGAUGCCGAGAAGAAGAAUAUUAUUUUAAUUAACAAAGCUGAUUUUCUCACUGAGGAACAACGGCAAAUUUGGGCGGAUUAUUUUUUUCAAUGUGGUAUUCAAGUGGCUUUUUUCUCAGCUACGCUUGCAGCGGAAAAAUUGUCAAUUAAAGAGGAAGAGGAAGAAGAAGAAGAAGAUGAUGAAGACCUUGAUGAUGAUGAUGAGAGUGGAAGCGAAGAAGGAAACGAAACAGAAGUUGAAUCCGAAUACUUGUCAGAUUUCGCCUCAGAAUCAAAUUACGAAAGUGCUGAUGAUGGUUUAAAAGCAGAAAUUUCCGAACAAACAGAAGCGACAACUUCACAAUCUCCAGAAAUUAAUCUUGAAAAAGAUGAGAAUUUUCAAAAUUCGGCCGCAUUGUUAAACAGAGACGAACUCGUGGAUUUUUUCAAAACAAUAUACAAAGGAAAACAACAUACGGAAGGUGUGACGACAAUCGGUUUAGUUGGUUAUCCAAAUGUUGGCAAAAGUUCAACAAUCAAUGCUCUGCUAAUGAAUAAAAAAGUGUCCGUUUCAGCAACUCCGGGUAAAACGAAACAUUAUCAGACACUUUUCUUGGAUAAAGAUUUACUGCUCUGCGAUUGUCCCGGACUUGUGAUGCCCAGUUUUGUUUGCACUAAAGCGGAGAUGAUUUUAAAUGGUAUUUUGCCAAUAGACCAAAUGAGAGAUCACGUACCUUCUGUCACUUUAUUGGGAACUUUAAUUCCAAGACAUAUUAUUGAGGACACUUAUGGAAUUAUGAUUCCUUUGCCUAUUGAGGGGGAAGAUUCCGAUCGAUCACCAACUUCGGAGGAAAUUCUUAAUUCUUAUGGUUACAAUCGUGGUUUUAUGACACAAAAUGGCCAACCAGAUAAUCCACGAUCGGCACGCUACGUCCUCAAAGAUUUUGUAAACGGAAAACUAUUAUACUGUGUUACUCCUCCGACUCAAACUCAAGACGAAUUUCACCAAUUUCCAGAGAGAAAACGAACAUUUCCCACAAAUAAACAAUUGCCACAAGCGACAAUUCGUGCGACAAGAGGAAUCAAAACCACCACCGAAGACAUAGAUAAAGUAUUUUUCCAAAAUAAAGCACAAGGUGUUCACAUUCGAGGAGUACAAAAAAUAAGAAACAUAAAUUUAAUCGCAGGUGCAUCUUCAAUAAGCGAUCUAGGAUCUGUUCAAAGUCUGGAGAAACCUUGGAAGAAAAUUAAUAAACAUUCUAAUAAGAAGAAACGAGAAAAGGCAAGAAGAUUGUACUCACAUCUUGAUCAACAUUAAGGCGACAAAAUGUCAACAAAAAAAAAAUUUUAUUUUUAUUUUUAAUAGAUCGCAGUAAUCGGAAAAAAAAGUUAAAAAGUUUUCUACACAUAGAAUUGUUAAAAGUUUUCGGCAAAGAGAUUUUUAAUUUUCUUCUUUUUAUUAUAAUUCUUUAAAAUGGGAUUUUCUCUAUACUGCACAACAGUAAAGUUUCUAUACAUACAUAUAUAUAAUUAUUUAUAAAUAUGUCACAAUACCUAUAUAUAUGUACAUAUUGUAAUUAUUAAAAUUUGUAUAUUACAAUUGGA